CUCUUAUUACAACUGAAUCCAAGAUGUCGGCCCCCAGGGUCGAAAGCGGGAAGCUAGAUAUCAUCAAAUUAACAGCAUAAAUGGCAUGUCCAAAUGCUGAAAGGAAGAAAGUGUUUGACAAAAUUCGGCCACUAUGUGUUCAGCUGACGAAAGAGCAUACUAGGGUGAAUGUACAAGCUGUGAAUACAGCACUGACAAAUGUGGACAGAACAGUUAUACAAGAUUUACAGGAAUACCUAUUGUUUCCAUUCAGACUGAUAUUAAAACAGGACAAAAAGUAUCCAGAUGAGUUGUAUGUUGAUGUGUUUACCAGUAUUGAGAAAGUCCUGUCACAGACCAGAGUCAGCCAAUGGGAGAUGUUUCAAGAUAUAUUCAACACAUGUUGUCUUACCAUAAGUUCACCUGCAGAAGUUGGUAAAGUGAAACCCUUAUCAGAAGAGUUGAAGACUGUUAUUGUACAGACAUUGAUGGUUCUUGUUAGAAAAUCUGAAUACAGCAUGAUACAGAGUUUGUAUGCACCAUGGAGUUUACCAUUUCUUGGACAUGCUGUUUCAAUUCUUCUGAAUUUGGCUGAAAAGGAGAAAUCAAGGGCACUGAAAAUCAAAGCUAUGGAAUGUUUGAUAGAAAUCAGCCAGGUUGAUGGAAAAUAUUGUUCCAAAGUAAAGACGAUGUUAGGGGAUACCUUUGCAUCAUUCCUGCCUGGUGUGUCUAUUACCUUGUGUCAGGUGAUCACAGGAGAUUCUAAACAAGGACAGACUGUCAUCAUAACAGCACUGAAGACCUGGGCGAGCAUUGUAACCAUGGUGAUGGAUGACAAAUUGAUUGAAGAGGCUCAAAUAAGGAAUCGUAUAAAUCCAAACUCCAAACUUGAUGGUAAAUUGCAAAAUCUAAUAGUGAAAAGGAACAAAGAAUGGGUUGAGCUUACUGGGUCAAAGUUCACUGUACUUGUCAAGCAGAUAGCAAAGGUCAAAAGUCAUUCAAGUUGGAAGGUUAGACAGGCAAUGGUGGAAUGGGCAGCCAGACUACUAGAGCACUGUUCAAAAUCCUUGAAGGACUGUAUCCCUACUAUUCUAGAAGUAUUAGUCGGACUUAUUGGCGACGAAUAUUCCCAUGUAGCUCUCUAUAGCCGAAAAGUUCUGGAAUCAUUUAGUAGCUCUCAUCUUGGGCAUGAAUGUCGCCCCCUGGUGGAGAUGUUGGAAGAAAAUCUUCAUCAGCUUACAGUGUCGCUACCAAGAUUAAUAAGGUCAUCAGAUGAAAGUCAGAAGUUAGGAACUGCAUCUUUAUUGUCUGGAUACAUUGCAUUAUUAGGUCCCAAUGUGAACAGUCUCCUCAGAUCCUCCUCUCAUUUAAAGAGAUUGUCAUUGUCUCUGAUCCAGGUGUUAGAAUUGGACUGUUCUGAUGUUAAGAUCAUAGAAGAAAGAACACAUUUGAUUGGUCAUGGUGCCAGUGCUGUCAAUUCCAAAGAAAUUCCUGACAUUUUACAGCCGAAGAAAUAUUUCCGACAUUUCCAUGAUAAGAAGAUAUACCACGAAUUCAGAAAUGUUUGCAGAUUAUUGGGUUACUAUGGUGACAUUAAUUUACUAACAGACCAUUUUCUGGAUAUAUUUCAUGACACCAUUCUUCACAAGAUGCAAGCUACACUGAUCAUAAAUGAAAUGGUUAUGGGAGCAGCAGGUCAUGGAGUACAUCGUGGUAUUACAAAGAAAAAAGACAGAGAAGUUCAGCACAAAAUAACUGUACUUGAAGAAAUAAUUAAGAUGCUGAUAGAGGAAUAUUUCUCACCUAUAAAUUUUCACUUAAUUACAAAUGCAUCACAUGAUAGUGCUAUGUCAACACCAGAGACCCGUCUGCUUGCCAUAAAUCUUGUAUCACAUGACAAUACUGUCAACAGUUUUAACAGAAAUAUUAUACAGAUUUGCUUGUAUCUGGAGGGAAUUGGUUACUUUGCCAAGGUUCUUGGCAAGAGAUUUUGUCCUUUCUUAAUCCAGACUUUAUAUCCAUUACUGGAGAAGUUAGGAGAUGACACAGCUUUUAUUAGUAGUACAGCUUACUUAAGUUUAUGUGAUAUUUGUUCUGCCUGUAGCUAUGGGUCAAUAGAUGAAUUGUUGAAGCAAAAUGCUGAUUAUCUUGUAAAUGCCAUAUCGCUUCGUCUUCGACAUUUUGAUCAAAAUAAACAGAGCCCCCUGGUGUUAAAAGUGAUAUUACAGUACAGUACUGUGGAAAUACUGCCACUGAUUGAUGAUACUAUACAGGAGGUGUUGUCCUCCUUAGAUGAUUUUUAUGAUGACCAAGCAGCAUUAUUUAUGGGAGUAUUAAAUGAGCUGGUGAAGGCUGUGUCCAGAUGGUUUCCUUGUCUGAAAUGUAAAGUUGAAGAAACCCAAGCAGAUAACCUAUGUGUUAGCUUAAUCGAUGAACUCUUAGAAUAUUGUAAAACUCUGAGGGUAUCUGAAGGACAGGAAGAGGAAGUUGAUGAGUCACAUGAUCAGCCGUCUCAGGAAGAAGAUGAAGAUAGUACAGAUCCUGAUAAAAAACCUCCACUGCCCAAACAUGUAGUUGUUGUUAAAGAGGUUAUGACAAGAAGUAAACACUUAUUAUCUUCCAAAAGUCCUCGGCUGAGAUUACUGGUAUUGGAUACAAUUGGCUAUUCAUGCCAAGCUUUAUCUUCACACACAGAUGAACUGUUGCCUUUAAUUCAUGAACUUUGGCCUUCAUAUAGACAGAGGUUCAUAGAUGGAGAAAAAUUAGUUGUAAGAAGGGCCCUGGAGACAUUAGUUAUCAUGUCAGAAUGUACCGGUGAUUUUAUUAAAAGAAGAACUGUGACUGAUGUCUUCCCAAAGCUCAUCAAUUUCCUAGAUAAACAAGCUCAAAUAAGUGUCCAGACAGGGACAGCCUAUCUACAUACAGUAGCAUACAAACUACAGCAUUCCAUACUGACAAAUAUUGGCAUUAUCUGUGAUAAGUUAACAGUUGGAGGAAAUGACUUGGAAGAGAUGAUGUGUACUUGUUCAAGAUACCUCAGUGCCAGACAGCCUCACACGUUACAACAGGUUUCUAUUUCCCUGUGUAGAACAUUCUAUAAAUUAGACCCUGAUAGAUUGUGGUUACUACUGUGUGACAUGGCAUGUCCUGUAGAAUACAUCCCUCCAAGUCCCUGCUUGAAGAAUGCUAAGUUUCUGACACAACCACUGUCCAGGAAUGAGUACACAGAUAAUGUUAAGAUUGUAUUUGUUACUUUAUAUGAUAAUACAUAAUGUUUAAUGAA